AGCGCAUUCGAAUUAACUACUCCAGCAUAACUGCACAUCAUUCGCCUUCCUAUCUUUGACACUUUCAGAACGUCAUAUUAUGACCUACUAUGCAGGCUCUAAUUCAGGUGCUCCCAUGCCGCAGAGUCAAGUUAUCUCCGGAGUCCCCAAUCAAGCUAGUUUACCAGCUCAGAAUACAACGGCGUACUCGCAAGGGACGACUGUUGGCCAAGCACCUGUGGUCGUUCAAGCCAGCGUACUCACACAACCCGGGCCUCAGGGCAUGGCUGGAGGAUACAGUGCAACACAAGCACCUGUUGUCGUACAAAGUGGAGCCGGCAUCCCUGAUGGGUAUGGCACAAAUGCGUACCGCGGUCUGGGUAGCAGCACUGCCCAACCUAGUGUAAUGGUUGUUCAACCCCAGUCACAAGCUGCGGCCCCAUAUGCGGCAGGUUCUUCUGGGUAUGGUUAUGGUUCAAGUUAUGGAGGGGGUCUCGGAGGGGGUCAUGGAGGGUCUACAAUUGCUGGAGGAUCAAGUGGUUAUACGUCGGGUGCUGGUGGGUAUCCGGGUGUAGAGGCAAACCGAUCUUGGUCCAAUGCUGCAACCGUUGGUUCUGGCUCGGGAUCACAAGUAGUCGUGGAAAGACCGAGACGGAGACAUCAUCAUCAUCAUCAUCGGCAUCACUAUCCUCGCUCUCGCAGUUUGGACGGUUACGGGUCAAGGUAUCAUAGACAUUGUACUUCUCCCUAUUAUGACAGUGACUAUUGAUCGAAGCAUAAGCACAAGCUGCACUAGAAUAAGUACUGUAUAUCUUA